AUGCCCCUGGGAAUCCCCUCGCCGGAUUCUCCCGUUCACUCAGUCGCUAUGGACCGGUGGCGGUUAAUACACUCCUAUCUGAUGACAGAAAGCAUCACCAAGCAUCACUUGGAUAGCUUUAAUCAUCUGCUGGACGUCACCAUACCAGCCAUAAUCAAGGAAAAUUCUCUUCUUGUAGUAGCCAAGCAUCCGCAGUUUCAUUUGCGGAUAGAGAAGGUGGAUGUGAAGCAGGUUUCUCAGGGCUCUUCCAAGCUGUCAAGUUCUUCCGCGGGCAGUGGCGUUGGGUUGACCCCACACGAGUGUCGUCAACGCAAUAUGACAUACGCUGCCCCUAUAACAAUUGAUGUCAGAUGUAAAGCUUCUAACAAGAGCUCUGUGCAGUACUACAAGGAGAUUUGCAUCGGCUACAUACCAAUCAUGCUAAGAAGCAAUCGGUGUAUUUUGACUAACAAGUCACGCAAGCAGCAGGCAUUUCUCCAGGAGUGUCCCGAUGACCCCGGGGGUUACUUCAUUGUGCGCGGUGCAGAGAAGUCCAUUCUUCUGGCAGAGCAAAUGACGAUGAAUAGGAUUGUUCUAGGACGAAACGCAGAUGGAAACGUAGAGGUCACUGUGGCGUCGAACACCACCGAGCGCAAGUCUCGCUGUGCAGUGCUCUACAAGAACAAGAAGUUUUACUUGAUUCAUAACAAGUUCAACAAGAAGCCCAUCCCCAUUGUUACAGUCUUUAAGGCCAUGGGGUUUGUUAAUGAUGUGACAGUUCUAUCUCUGAUUGGCACGGACCAGCUCUUCCUUGACUACAUGUCUUUGAGCGUUCAGGAGUGUAGUAACGAUAAGAUAUACACUCAAGAACAGGCACUUAAGUACCUUGCAGAUCGCAUAGUUGUUCGAACUUAUACAAAUGCCAAUGCUAACUUCUCGGCAUCGCCAGUCGCCACGGCAGCAAAGGCCUCCGUUGAAUCAGCUCGCGACUGUCUUGCCCACUUUGUCCUCUCACACAUACCAGUAGUCGAACGGUUAAAUUUACAACAGGCAGCACAGCACGUACUACCACAGGCAUCUGCACCUGCAGGUUCUAGUGUAAGUGCAGGCGCAGACGUAGGUACCGCUACCAUUGGUGGUGGUAGAAGUGGAAGUGCCAAUGCUACAGCAAAAUCAGUAUCGGGCGGUGGGGCAUCAACGGGAGCCUCAACCAUUGGGUCUGCUGCGUCGUUGACCAACACGGCGCGGUUCAACUGGCUUCCUAAAGCUGUCUAUCUUGCUACAAUGAUUCGCAGAGCCAUUUUAUUUGAUUUUGGCGUGAUAAAGGGAGACAGCAAAGACUUUGUAGGAAAUAAGAAGAUUGAGACUGCUGGAGACCUCUUAGAGCUCAUUUUCGAUGAUGCAUUCAAGACCCUUUUGGCUCAUAUGGUCAGAAAGGUGGAUAGCGUUCUACGAUCAGAUAGAAAUCGUGGCACAGACCUUACAAACUAUGACAUAGUCUCGCUGGUUGACCCUAGCAUCAUCACCAGGGCCUUCAACUCCGCAAUAUCUACGGGCAAUUGGAAGAUAGAAAAGAUAGGGGUAGACAGAGUGGGCGUGUCCCAAAUUCUUUCGAGGUUAUCGUAUAUCUCUGCCCUGGGCCAGGUUACCAGACUGUCGUCCACAUUUGAUAAGGCGAUGAAGAGCUCUGGACCUCGUAUGCUCAACUUUAGCCAAAUGGGAAUCUUUUGUCCGUCUGAUACUCCGGAGGGAGAAUCCGUCGGGAUUGUUAAAAACCUUUCAAUAAUGGCCCGGAUAUCCAAGGACGAGAGUACCGACUCAAUCUCGAAGCUCCUGAUGAGCAUAGGGGUUGAGGAUUUGGCAUCAUGUUGGUCUGGAGACACCUUUUCUCUGGGGUACGGUUAUAUGGUAUUUCUAAACGGCACAAUAAAGGGAGUUAUUGCUAAGGAUAUGCUUAAGGGGUUUAUUAUUACCUUGCGCACAUUCAGACGCAGAGGUUAUAUCAGCUACUUAACGAGCUUUCACUUCAACGAUGAGCAUCAAGCCGUGUACAUCAACUGCGAUUCAGGACGUGCGUGUAGGCCCUUGCUCAUUGUGGAGAACGGGAAGCUAAUGCUCACGCGUAGCGACAUAGAGCUGUUAGUGGACAACCAAAAGUGCUUUGUGGACUUGAUAUAUGAGGGGAAAGUGGAGUACCUCGACGUUAACGAGGCCAAAAAUGCCUAUAUUGCAAUGGACACUAAAGAUCUGACGCCACAGCAUACUCAUUGUGAAAUCGAAUCCUAUACCCUUCUAGGCUACGUCGUUGGCCUUAUCCCCUAUCCACAUCACAACCAGUCUCCAAGAAACUGCUACCAGUGCAGUAUGGGGAAGCAGGCGUCUGGGGCCAUUGCGUUCAACCAACUUGAGCGUUUCGAAACAGCAAUGUUUCUUCUAGACUACCCGCAACAACCUCUCACAAGCACCAAGAUUCUGAAACUCACGGGGUAUGAGAGGCUCCCAGCCGGCCAAAACGCUACUGUCUGUGUUAUGAGCUACUCGUCUUUUGACAUAGAAGACGCUCUAAUACUAAAUCGAAACGCCAUUGACCGGGGCUUUGGACGCUGCAGCAUCUAUCGCUCAGUCUCCACUGAGCUCAAUUCCAUUGGCUCCAAGUCCGUCGAUGGGAUAAAAGAUAUCCUCUUAGGGCCACCGAAGGACCAUCUAAAGCAAUAUGAGGGCUAUCAUGCCAUAGAGGAUGAUGGUCUGUGUGCUGUUGGAGCCCAUCUGAAGACAGGAGACAUAGUCAUAAACAAGGGGAGACACAUCACCAAUAUUCCAGGGUUGUCGGAUGGAACAGAAGCCACAGCAUCGUUGAUCAAGGCGCCCGAGUCCCUUAAGUCUCCUCUAGAAACUAUAACGUAUGUAGACAAGGUAUUGGUGACUACAAACGGGGACGGGAACAUGUUGAUAAAGGUGCUGACGCGAGAGCCCCGAAGACCAGAGGUAGGGGAUAAGUUCAGCAGUCGACACGGACAGAAGGGUGUCUGUGGGCUUAUCGUACCACAGUCCGACUUGCCGUUCACCUCCCAAGGGAUUGUGCCGGACUUAAUUAUGAACCCGCACGGGUAUCCCUCUCGCAUGACCGUUGCAAAGCUACUUGAGCUGCUCAGUAACAAGUCGGGUUGCUUUAGAGGCGAACAGACUGAUGGGACAUGCUUCCGCACAAAGACCGACGAGACCUUUCUUGCUGAGCUUUAUGACAGUCUUCGUGUAGCCGGGUUUAGCUACAGCGGAAAGGACGUCCUCUACUCAGGACUUACCGGAGACGUGAUACCUGUCUACAUCUUUAAUGGCCCCAUAUACUAUCAGAAGCUGAAGCACAUGGUAAAAGAUAAAAUACACUCUCGGGGUACAGGACCCAUAACAAUGCUUACUCGACAGCCGACCGAAGGAAGGCGUGUACACGGAGGCCUGCGAAUGGGGGAGAUGGAGCGGGACUGUGCUAUUUCCUAUGGGGCAUCCGCCCUGCUACUAGAGCGGUUCAUGUUGUCAUCUGAUGACUUUCUUGCCUACGUAUGCGAGACUUGCGGCCUGUUUAGCUAUGAAAAAAAUGGCGUCCUGUGGUGCCCAACUUGUCAAUCCGGAAAGGACGUUGUAAAGAUACGCAUCCCAUACGCUGCAAAGCUGAUGAUCCAGGAGCUCAUCUCUAUGGGUGUGCUUGUUCGUAUGCAGCUCGAAGAUUCUGUGUAA